AUGGCCUCCUACCUACGCAGUUGGCUUACAUUGCCCACCGUAGCUUCUACAUCUUCAGAAGCUAUAUCUACUUUCCAAUCUUCUCUUGAGGAUGAAGACGAAGGAUCCGAUACUGAAAGGGAAGAUAACGAUGCUCCGCCUGCAUUUCCUAGCUUAAAUAGUGCCCAACGAAUGCAAUCAAUCCCCACAAUUCUUACAGAUUCUCAAUUAAUGCCUCCACCUCCCAACCCAAAUUUCAGGAAUCGUACAAUAGGCGUCUCAACUCCAGGUGGUCUCGCUGUUCCUCCUACAACGACAAAGCCCCCAGUAAAACCCUCAAAAAAGCGCGAGAAGGUCGCUCUAGCACCAGGGCAUAGUCCCUUGGAUUGGGCAGCACUGAAGUCUUCUGGGAAGGAUCUUCGGGGAGUAGAUUCUCUGAUGCGUAUACCCCCUUCGGUCCUCAAAGUGCAUAACACCCGAGAAGAUGCUUGGUCUGCAUUCAACGGCAAGGUCUAUAACAUUACCGCAUAUCUAUCGUUUCACCCUGGAGGUGAAAAAGAGCUAAUGCGUGUGGCGGGAAGAGAUGGGACGAAACUUUUUGCGUUGACUCAUGCAUGGGUUAAUGUCGAUUUCAUGUUAGAUUCAUGUAUGGUUGGUUUCCUGGUUUCUGAACCUUCAUCAUAA